CUGCACUAUGGGACCAUCAUGGGCAUCAGAGCAUGUGUCAAAAUGGCAGCAGCUGCCUGGGCCAGUGGGUUUCUCAGUGCGGUGCUGCACACUGCCAACACAUUUUCCAUACCGCUCUGCCAAGGCAACUCCCUGGGCCAGUUCUUCUGUGAAAUCCCACAGAUCCUCAAGCUCUCCUGCUCAGACUCCUACCUCAGGGAACUUGGGGUGCUUGUGGUUAGUGUUUGUUUAGGCUUUGGGUGUUUCAUCUUCAUUGUGGUGUCCUAUGUGCAGAUCUUCACUGCUGUGCUGAGGAUCCCCUCUGAGCAGGGACAGCACAAAGCCCUCUCCAUGUGCCUCCCUCACCUGGCCGUGGUCUCCCUCUUUGUCAGCACCAUCAUAUUUGCCCACCUGAAGCCCCCCUCCAUCUCCUCCCCAGCUCUGGAUCUGGUGGUGGCUGUUUUGUACUCGGUGGUGCCUCCAGCAGUGAACCCCCUCAUCUACAGCAUGAGGAAGAUCUGGAACUCCACUGUCUCAUGGCCACUGCAGGCAAGGCUGACACUGAUUAUCACAGCCCUCAUCAAUUGUUCCAUGUUGGCAGGUUCCAGGUCCAGGAAAGUGUCACCCUUGGUGACCUAUCAGGCUUCGCUGUGCUAA